AUGGUGGGGCAACACCACAUUUUAGUAACCAUAAUCCUUGCGUUACUCUUGAUAAGUUGCUCCAUUUCCGAACCCAUCACCACUCAUCCACCUGAUCACCACCAUCAAUUCAACGUUGAUAAGAGAGCCCCGUCAAGAAAUCGCGCUAGAUCACGUAGUCGCGGUUCUCGAGGAGCGGGUAAUAGUGGGCGUAGAUCAUCAUCAUCAUCAAAUUGUGACCCAUUAUAUGACUAUCUAUUUGGAAGUUGUGGCCAAUGGCCAUUUGGUCGCAACUCUCCUAACAACCCUUUUACGUCACGGCCGUCGUCACCUCCACGGCUUCCACCGCCAGUCGUCCCAUCUCCCCCACCAAUAGCCGCUGCCCCACCGCCUGUGGUUCCACCACCAGCACCACCACCUGUAGUUCCACCUCCAGCGCCACCACCAGCCACGCCCCCUCCAGCACCACCACCAGUAGUCCCAUCUCCACCACCACCAUCACCAUCACCCCCGCCGCCGCUAGUGGCAUCACCACCACCACCGGAAGAAACACCUCCGGUAUUAUCCCCACCACCAGACUACAUUCUACCUCCAGCAGUACCUGAGCUACCACCUGAUAAUCCCGUUGACUCUCCACCGUAUGUCCCGAUAUUUUCGCCGCCGGCGCUUGGUGAUGAUUCAAAUUCACCACCAUAUGUUCCGAUAUUCGCACCGCCGGCUGAUGAUACUAGUCCGCCGGACACCAUGCAGCCACCUUCUUUGCCUAUAUUUUCACCACCCCAAGUUGAAUUACCACCUAUAACAGACCCCGGACAACAAUUUCCACCGGAACUUGAUCCCGGACAGCAGUUUCCUCCGGCGUUUGAUCCCGGACAACAAUUUCCUCCGGCAUUUGAUCCCGGACAACAGUUCCCACCGUACGUUGAUCCUGGCCAACAGUUUCCGCCGGCAUUCGAUCCCGGUCAACAAUUUCCGCCGGCAAUUAUUGAUCCCGGGCAACAAUUUCCACCGGCAUUUGAUCCAGGCCAACAGUUUCCACCGGUGAAUGAGAACCCGAUAACAGGCGGUGGACAACCGUUCUUUUCAACGCCGAAUACGCCGACGGUAGAACUGCCACCGAUGAUCGAAGCUCCUCCCUUUGACUAA